AUGGCUGGCCUCUUCGGCACGGCAUCGAGCACCUCCUCCGCCAGCUCGAACCCGACCCAGGGCGAUCUGUCCGGCGACAGACCAGUCACGAGUCCCCCGACCGACAGCAUAUCAGACAUUCGAUUCAGUCCCAAAUCCGACCACCUCGCCGCCUCCAGCUGGGACAACAAAGUACGCAUAUACGCCAUCAAUGGUGGGGGUGAAAGCACGCCAGUCGUCGCAUUCGACCAUGAAGCACCCGCCUUGAACUGCUGCUGGAGUGGGGACGGCACCAAGGUCUUCGGCGCGGGUGCCGACAAAGCAGCCCGUAUCAUCGACCUGAACGCCAACGGUGCUGCAGCACAGCAAGUCGCCGCCCACGACCAACCCAUCCGCUGCGUCGAGUCCUUCAUGCACAACGGAGCGCCCAUGCUUGUCACUGGCAGCUGGGACAAGACCAUCAAGUACUGGGACCUGCGGACACCCAAUCCUGUGGCGAGCAUCGAGUGUCGCGAUCGUGUCUACGCCAUGAGCAUGCGCAAUGACAAUAUGCUUGUCGUCGGCACCGCAGAACGCCACACCCACGUAAUCGACCUCCGCAACCCCGGCCAAUUCUACAAGACCAUCCAGUCGCCUCUCAAAUGGCAGACCCGCACAGUCAGCUGCUUCAUCGACGGCUCUGGCUACGCGGUCGGCAGUAUCGAGGGACGUUGCGCCAUCCAGUACGUCGAGGAGAAGGAUUCACCUUCCAACUUCUCCUUCAAGUGCCACCGACAGACCCCUCCCAACGACCGCAACGUCAGCAACGUCUACGCUGUCAACGCCAUCUCCUUCCACCCACAACACGGCACUUUCAGCACAGCCGGCGCGGAUGGCACCUUCCACUUCUGGGACAAGGACGCCAAGCACAGACUGAAAGGCUACCCAGAAGUAGGCGGCACCAUCUCCUCCACCGACUUCAACAGCACCGGCACCAUCUUCGCAUACGCCGUCAGCUACGACUGGAGCAAGGGCUACACUGGCAACAGGCCAGAUUACGCCAACAAGAUCAUGCUCCAUCCCAUCGUCGGAGACGAGUGUAAGCCACGCCCCAAGACUGGGAGGAAGUAG